AUAAGGACCAAGUUAAUUUUGUACGAUAACAUUUUAUUCUUACGAUUUUACUACCUCGUAUUUUUUACAAAAUUAGAACUCCAUAUCAUAUCAUUAUCAUAUGACUCUUUUAAUUGUGAGCGAAAAUUCAACACAAAAUUUGCGGCUCUGCACGUUUAUGCAAAUUUUAAAUUUCAUAUAAAGAAAAAACCAAUAAAAGUCUACAAGGAGUAUCACACCAAUCAACAUCAACCUUAAAUUUCUCCUUCAUUAUUUAGAUCAACACCCAAAACUUCGACCUCUCUCUAUCUCACUCACUUCCACUUACACAGAAACCUCUUUCAACUCUCAGUUUCAGAUUCUGCAACCAAAAAAAAAACUUAUUACUUCUUUUUAAAAUACAAAAACAUUUUUUAACAAUUCUUUAUUGGUUUUCUUGUGGUGAUGGAGAAUUCUUACGACUCAAGCAAGUGGUCUGAUUCUACAACUCCAUAUAUGGUCUCAUGGUCGUUACAAUCUGAGUCCCCCGAUUCUGAUUGGAGCCGGUUUAAUCUUGGCUUCUCUUUUUCAUCCUCCGGUUAUUUCCCGGCGGAUGAUUGUGUCGGUGGGAUUGAAAAAGCAGAGUCACUUUCAAGAAGCCACCGUCAAGCUGAGAAAAGACGCCGUGGCCGGAUUAAUUCUCACCUCACCGCUCUCCGGAAACUUGUCCCCAAUUCCGACAAGUUAGACAAAGCAGCUCUAUUAGCAUCAGUGAUAGAACAAGUGAAGGAGCUCAAACAAAAAGCAACAGAAUCACCAAGCUUCGAAGAUCUUCCAACAGAAGCAGAUGAAGUAACUGUUCAGCCUGAAACCAUCUCUGACUUUGAAUCAAAUACAAAUACAAUCAUCUUCAAAGCUUCGUUUUGCUGCGAAGAUCAACCCGAAGCAAUCUCAGAGAUCAUUAGAGUUCUCACAAAGCUAAAUCUCGAAACAAUCCAAGCUGAAAUCAUGUGUGUAGGAGAAAGAAUGAGAAUCAAUUUCAUCCUAAAAGAUAGCAACUGCAAUGAGACGACAAACAUAGCUGCAUCAGCAAAAGCUUUGAAGCAAUCUCUCUGCGCUGCGUUAAACCGAAUCACAUCUUCUUCUUCAACUACUUCUUCAGUUUGCAGAAUCAGAAGCAAAAGACAAAGAUGGUUCCUCUCUUCUCACUACUCUCACAAUGAAUAAAUCUCAAAAUCUCAAAAUAUACAUAAACCAUAUUAUUACUUAAGGUUUUGUCCGCAAUUUGGUUUGAUUGUUCCUACUAAACCAAUCAAGAUUUGUAUAUUCCAAGAUUUGUAUAACCUAAAUCUGAAUCA